AUGGCUCGGGGUUCGUCCGCGCUCGGCGGCCUGCGGGGGUUCGCCGUGGCGGCGGUGGCGGUGGCCGCCGCGCUGCUCGUCGUCGUCGCGGCGCCCCGGUGCGCCGCGCAGGCGACGUCGGGCUGCACGGCGUCGAUCCUCAGCCUGGCGCCGUGCCUCUCCUUCACGGCGGGGAACACGUCGGCGCCGGGCGCGUCGUGCUGCUCGGCGCUGGCGGGCGUCGUGCGCGGCGCGCCGCGGUGCCUCUGCGCGGUGCUCGGCGGCGGCGCGGCGUCGUCGUUCGGGGUCACCGUCAACGCCAGGGCGCUCGAGCUGCCCGGCAAGUGCAGGGUCCAGACCCCGCCCGUCAGCCAGUGCAACGCUGUGGGUGCUCCUGCGUCGUCUCCUCAGGCGGCGGCGACCCCUGGUGCCGGCUCCACUCCGGUGGCCACCGUCGAGGCUCCCACCGCGCCGCCGCCAUUUCAGAGCACCGCAGGAGCUGGAUCGAAGGCAACUCCAGCGACUGGUGCCGUCUCUUAG